AUGAGGUUAAUAUGUCUUGGACUAGUUUUAAAUUAUUUUAUUUAUUUUACUUAUGCACAACAUUUUGUAUGUAAUUCAAUUGAUGGUUAUAAUACUAAAGAAUUAACAAGUGCUAUUCAAUGGCAAGUUACAACACCACAACAAUGUCUUUCUAAUCUUGCUCUUGACUGUAGUUUUUAUAUAAGUUUUUGUCAAACAGCGCCUAUGUGCUUUAAUGAAUAUUCGGCAUGUCAAAAUGCAACAGGAGCAGCAAAUGUCACUGUUAUUGGUGGUUUUACUAGUACACUUUUUUAUCCAAAUGAAAAUGCAAAAACUGGUUUUUAUGCUAAAUUUCCAAAUGGUCCAAUGCAAAAUAUAUCAAAUACAACACAUUGUGAACCAUCAUUAAUAAUAAAAUUUAAAUGUAAUAGUCAAGUAAAAUGGUUUGCUCCAUUGACUAAUGCAACAGCAUCUGCACCACAACCAAUUGAUAUUGAUGUUGAUCAGUGUUUAACUACGAUGACUUUUGAAUAUGAAGGAGCAUGUUAUAAUGGACAGGAACCUUCGGAGGGACUAAGUGGUGGAGCUGUUUUUCUCAUAAUUUUAUUUUCUGUUGCUUUAGUUUAUAUUGCUGUUGGCAUGAUCUAUAAUGGAUUAAUUAAAAAUCAAUCAGGUAUUAAUUUACUUCCGAAUACACAAUUUUGGAUUGGUUUACCAUUAAAUGCUAUUGAAGGUUGUCGAACUACACUUGGUUUUUGUUCUGGUUCAUCACGACCAAGUCAAGCAACAUAUGAAUCUGUUUAA